UGAGGGGCUCACGGGCUGGGGGUCCCUCCUGCUCAGGACAGCCCCGUCCUCACGGCCAGCGUCUGUGUCCUGCUUUUGCAGCUGCACUCGAGAGGAUCAGAUCCCACCCCAAAAUAACCCUGGGGGUGCUGAUUCUGCUCCUGCUCCUGCUCCUGGUUCUGGGUGUGUCCUUGGCUGUUGUGUCAGGGAGAAGCUGUGGAGAGACCCCAGUUACCCCAGUUACCCCAGUUACUCCAGUUACCCCAGUUACCCCUGACACUCCAGUGCUGCUGGCCUGUCCCCAUGAGUGGAUCGGAUAUCGUGGGAUCUGCUACUUCCUCUCGAGGGAUCAGCUCAGCUGGGAUCAGGCUCAGGCUCGGUGCUCUGAGCUCGGGGCCUCCCUGGCCGUGCUCCAGGAUGAUGAGAGGGAAUUCUUCUUUCGUCUCUGUGGGAACGAGGAUCACUGGCUCGGCAUGCACAGACGGGGCCGGGAGCUGCAGUGGGAGAAUGGCAACAGCAGCUUCAACUCCUCGGUCGAGGUCCGUGGCAAUGCAGAGUGCGUGUUCCUGGCUGAGAAUCACCUCGGGAGUGGGAGUUGUUCAAAUCCGCGGCCCUAUGUCUGCAGCAAACCCCAAAUUCACCUGUGGCAGGGCAUGGAGGGAACAUCUCCUCUGUACUGAGCAGGCACAGCUUUGCCUCCUUCCUCUCAGCAAGGGGAUGUCCUUCCUCUGCCACAGCCUCUGCCUUACAAUCACUCUUUGUCACCUCCGUGUGUCACUUUGUAGGGUCCCUUCAGUGCUUGCUCUCAGGGUCACCUCAGAGCCCGGUCUCUGGGAGAUGAACACUCAGAAAGAGAGAAUGUUAGAGCCUUUCACUAGGUGCAUUUCUUUCUCCUGGAGCUAUCCAGGUCAGCAUAUUUUGUCUGAAAUGCUAAGUUUUCAUUCAUGAAGUCACUAUACGUGUACUUACAUAACCACGUGGAUAUAACACCGAAAAGCGCUGCCAUGCCAUUAAUAAUGCCGAGGCUGCGAUGUUCUGGUAUUGAAUACCAUCUUAUUCUGUCACUUGUUAAUUAACACUUGUGAAGUGCCGUCCCCACCCCAUCCUUCGUGUCUGUUGGGAGCUCAGAUAGUUUUCUUCCUUUUGCCCAGGCUUUUGGCAAUCAGCAGUGAGCUUAUCAGGGCAACCAGCGCUCCAGGACCCAGUCUUGUUCCCUAGUUCUUUUAAUAACAACCGAUUGGGUCUAAUAUAAAAUGAAUUAUUGCUUAUUAGACACAAGAAAAUAACAGACUAAUGAGUUUGCGGCAAAUUAUAUAAUGCACAGAAAUCAAAGAAACCAUUAAUAGACCAAGUACAGCAGUUUUAAAAUGAAGCUUAAAAUGCAGCAGGCACUAAAGGUGUCUAUAAGUUCAGCUGACAAAGAAAUUGUACAACUUAGGAUUCUGUAUAUCUUAGCAAUCCAGUUGGUGGUGGGAGUAUGCAUUGAAGUCUUUUCCUUCAGGCCCCAGAGAAGUAACUCAAAGUCUGCAUCCGGACUUUGAGGAGAGGCUUUCACACUCUUCCAGUGAGUAUGUGAGAGGCUUCUGCCUUUUAGAAAUUUUGUGCAUCUUUUAUAGAGCACAACUGACACUUUUGGUCACUGUUAUCAUUUUCUUUCAUCUCUCUUGAUAACUACCCUUCAUACCAAGAUGUUGAUUCCUGGUCGGGUGAUGAGACUCUCGGGUGUCAAGGAUAACUCCUGCUGGGCCCUUUGAUCCAGCCUGGGUUAUCUCUUGCACGUGCCAGCCGGAUUUGAGAGAGGGAGAGGGGGAUACGUCCUGCCACAGUGUCCCUUGGCAGCCCCAUCCUUUCCCCUUCUCCCCCUGUCCAAUCCCAGCUGGUGGAGCCUCAGAGCUGCCAUGGAGGAGGUGAGAAAUCUCUCCCCUUCUCCUGCCUGAGGGAUUUGGGGCCAUUUCCCAUUUUUUUGGGGGGGAAAUCAAAGCGAUGUGGGGCUGAGGAUGAGUUGUGGGACUAACCCGGCCCGUUCCUGUCCCCCAUUCGGAUCAAUCAGCGUUCAGGGACAAAGAGUGGUGGCAGAAUCAGCCGGGUGAGGUGCAAAUCACCCCUCAAAGUGUGCUGCUUUCCCAGGCAAUGUCACAGCUUGCUGUGCUCAGCUGGAGGCCAUGGAACUGCUGCUGCUCUGAACCCGCAGGAGUUCUGUGUGACCUGGGGCUGAAGAUGCUGGGAGCUGGGGAUGAAUCCAGGAUGGAGCAGAGACCCCCCCGCAGGAGCCCAGGGCAGAGCAAGACAAGGAUUCCUCCCCCUGAGUGAGAGGAAGUAACAGGGCUUGAUUGUGACCCUGUCCUGGUUUGACUCGGUCCAAUUUAUUGUGGUGGUUAGAUGGGACUGAAAAACCACAAAGAUGGCUCCUGUGAGGAUGUUCUAGAAGCUUUCUCCUUCUUCUCCAGCAAAAGGAGCCUUACCCUGAGUUUUAGAGCCAAUCCAUUGUGGCUCUGAGGUUGCUGGCCAGGUCUGGGCCAAUUGCACAGGCUGGUUACACCUCUGUGAGGGUGUAUGAUCUUGUGUUUAAGAAUUCAGAACAAGAUAGAGUGCGGACUGUCAUGUAGUUUUUAGGUUGUUAGUAUGUAGUUUUAGUAUCAUGCACUGGGGAAAAACAGAGCAGGAGGGUGAGGAGAUGGAAGAAAAAAAAAUGGAGACCCAAAAUCACAUUGAGGAGAAGAAGAUGGGAUGAGUUGCUGUGGUGGUCGGACAUGGAGAAAACAAGUUGUUCUCUAAAAGACGAAAGGACUACUUCUUCAGUGGGAGACCAUUACAGAAAAGAGAGCGACCUCACUCUGAGGAAAAAAAAAAAAAAUCCUGACCUUUGAGGACUGCACUGAUCAGAAGCCAAAAAAAGGGGGAAGAGGCUUGGCCCCCUCACAUCUGAAGUGAGUUGAUGCUAAGAAGAAGCUGUGUUCUGCCAGGAGAUUUGUGAUAGUUGGUCUUACGCCGCCAAAACAACGCAGUUUGGCCUUGAAGRACAUUCUUUCCUUUCUCCUACGAUGUAAAGAAAAGAAUCCCGUGCCAUCAGCAGUUAUACACUGACUGUUUUUGGGAAAAAACCUUCCACAGCUUGGAGGUGUAAGAACGCUUCUCCUGUGAUGCUGGACGACAACUGUAAUGAGUAAUUUGAUCUAUGUUAGACUUUCAUCUCUGCCCCUUUUUGCAUGCAGAAAGCAUGGGGGAUGGAGAGGAGCGACCUG